GCCAAUCAGAGCCCGACACGGCGGAGGUUCUGUGUCUUUUUUGAGCCCAAGAUUUGUUCAUGUGUGAGCGGUAUAAGGAAUCGAGAGCUGAUUCAGCGAAGAGAUAGGUUUGCGGAUGGUGGUAACAUCAAAGAUGAUAAACUUAAUAGGUACGGUGGCCUGUACGUUGUUUCUGACUGUGAAUGGUUUUUACUCAUCAAGUGAUGAUGUUGUUGAAUUAACUCCGGCAAACUUCAACAGAGAAGUUUUACAGAGCGACAGCUUAUGGCUGGUAGAGUUCUAUGCUCCGUGGUGUGGUCAUUGUCAAAGCCUUACCCCACACUGGAAGAAGGCAGCCACAGCUUUAAAAGGUGUAGUCAAAGUUGGUGCAGUGGAUGCAGAUCAGCACAAGUCUCUGGGUAGUCAGUAUGGCAUUCGGGGGUUUCCUACAAUCAAAAUCUUUGGGUCCAAUAAGAACAAGGCAGAGGAUUAUCAAGGUGCAAGGAACAGCCAAGCCAUUGUCGAUUCAGCCCUGAAUUCCCUCCGGUCAAUGGUGAAGGAAAGGCUUGAUGGAAAAAGCAGUGGCUCUGAUCAAGGAAGACAGAGCAGUGGAGGCAGGAAAGAUGUCGUUGAUCUGACUGAUGACGACUUUGAUAAAAAGGUUUUGAACAGUGACGACAUCUGGUUGGUGGAGUUCUAUGCACCUUGGUGUGGCCAUUGUAAAAACCUUGAACCAGAGUGGGCAGCUGCAGCAUCUGAAGUGAAAGAACAGACGAAAGGCAAAGUGAAGCUUGGAGCAGUAGAUGCAACAGUGCAUCAGAUGCUAGCUAGUAGAUAUGGGAUUCAAGGAUUUCCUACUAUUAAAGUGUUCCGUAAAGGAGAGCAGCCAGAGGACUAUGAAGGUGGGCGAUCCAGAGCUGACAUUGUUGCUCGUGCUCUUGAUCUGUACUCGGACAACACAGCACCACCUGAGCUGCUGGAGAUCCUUAAUGGAGACAUUUUGAAGAAGACCUGUGAAGAUUAUCAGCUCUGUAUCAUUGCGGCUCUACCUCACAUCCUGGACACAGGAGCUUCUGGCAGAAAUGCUUACCUGAAAGUGAUGAUGAAAAUGGCUGAAAAAUACAAGAAGAAGAUGUGGGGGUGGCUGUGGACGGAGGCUGGAGCCCAAAUGGAUCUUGAGCAAUCUCUGGGGAUUGGAGGCUUUGGAUACCCAGCCAUGGCAGCGAUCAACUAUAGAAAAAUGAAAUUUGCCCUUUUGAAAGGGUCCUUCAGUGAACAGGGAAUUCACGAGUUUCUCAGGGAUCUUUCAAUGGGCCGUGGAUCAACAGCUACUGUGGGUGGAGGUGCACUUCCAAACAUUAAUUCAGUCGAGCCUUGGGAUGGCAAAGAUGGAGAGCUUCCUGUAGAGGAUGACAUUGACCUGAGUGACGUGGAGCUGGAUGAUCUUGGAAGAGAUGAGUUAUGAGAAUACCAAGUCUGAUUUAUUCACUUAUUGAUAAAAAAAAAAAAAAAAAAAACUGACCAAAAAAAAACUGACCCUUUUAUCAUCUUUCAGUCAAACUGAUUCAUCAUGGGAUUAGUAAAUCCAAAACCAGUGGCGGCCUUUGAGAAAGAUUCUAGCACUUUGCUUCUUUCUUGUGGACGAGUUACCAAGAUAAAGAAUACUCAAAUUCCAUGAACCCUACUGUCCACGUGUUCAAGAAGCAGCACUGUUGGAUUUUCGAAUAGUCUUAUACAUUGACUUAUGAAUCCAGUUUAUUGUACACGGUGUGGCUGGGUGACAAACAUCCUUCUUGCAUGUAUCUAAUUUCUCCAACCAUAACUUUAUACUGUCAUUUAUAUUUUCUAGUAAUAGGAGGCCUCAAACUUAAAUGUGUGUUUUUCAAUUAAUAUGUGGUCAGUAAAAGAUAGCGGGGGAUUUGGGUAUUCUUGUACAUUUGUUACACCACCUUUUAACUCUUGUUUUGUUUAAUAUUGUUUGAUGGGUUGGGAGGGUUCUUGUCAUGGUAACUGAGAAGGUUAGAGCUGAGAUUAAGAACAAAAUAGACUGGUUGGUGCAAGUGCUAGCCGGGGUCUACACAGUGGAGAUAGAUGGCCCAAGUGGUUGUUAAGCUUUCAAGAAACACAUGGAAACAGUCUGUGGUCUGUGGGUGUGUGAGAAUGGAACAAAGAUAAGAGUAAAAAGUAUAUAUUUUGCUUGCCCUGUCCACUCGGCAAAGAUUUAGUUGAUUUGUGGUGUUGCAGACUCACCACAUGCAGGUGACCGUAUUUUGUUUGCAACUGUGUACCCUUGAAAAAUUUGCUGUAAAACAAAGACCUGGAACAUACAUUUUAUUAAAACGGACUGUCAGAUUAUAUUAGGGGCUUGCCUAAUGAACCUGUUUAUGUUUGCAAAGUCAGGCACAUACCUUACAUUUGCUAAUUGAUAGUUGCUUUUUGCUAUUUCAAUUUGGUCUGGGAAUAAAAACGAGUUUAACUUGA